AGCACUCACAUCGCAUCAGGACAGGCGUGCAGACGUAGCGAACACGCGGGUUGAAAACCGUCUAUGAUGCUCGCGGAACGCCUUGUAUAGCACGCUACCGCUACAAGUCCACUGCCACAGCGGAUUUAUGUUGCGAGCACCGUUUCGCGCCAUCCUGCCAGCAUGGCGCAACAGACACAUUUCGCUUAUAGCGCUAAGUUAGGGCGUGUCAUACUGUCGAAUAGUCAUCCAAGACACGUGCGCCGGGGCAGACUAGCACAGGCAGCGCCCAAGCGGCGGCGACUGGGUUACUCAGCCUGGGCUCCCAUAGACGAGGACAGCCCUGCGAACAGCCUCUGGCGGUGCGAGUGCGCAUCCUGUUCUUGGCGCAAGGCCCCUCUAGAGAAGCUCCCGCCUGAGCUCCUAGACCGCAUCGCUCAAUACCUGGCGCCCAACGAGGUGGCAUGCACGCUGCGCCUGCUCAGCCGCACCCUGGCAACCCACUUCCGCAGCCACACAACCGUGCAGCUGUGGCAGCCGGUGCCGCAUCACGCCUUCGUGCGGCGCUUCGGCCGUUGGUCCUCGGUGCGCUCGCUGCCGCUGGCUCAGCGGCGCAAGGUCAUCGCUCUGACAGCGGCCAGCGGCAGCUUGGAGAACCUGCGCGUGGUGGCGGGCGGUCCGGACGUGACGCAGGCGGUUGGCAGUGUGGGCUGCGCACUGACGGCGGAGGUGUUUACCGCCGCCGCGGCAGCAGGCCAGCUGAACAUGUGCAAGGAGCUAUACAGCAUGGGCUGUCCCUGGGACACGAAUACGGUGGAGGCGGCGGCGCGCCGGGGUGACGUGCGCUUGGUGCGUGCCAUCGUGCGCAGCGGCUGCCGUUGGGACUUCCCCCGCGCCCUGUCUGCGGCGGCGGCGGGCGGGAGCUUGGAGAUGAUUCAGGUGUUGAUGGACUUGCAGGAGCGCGGUCCCCACUACACGGGUGGCGAGUGGCGAGACUACAACUGUUACACGGGCGAGUUGGGCCGUUGGUUGUUUACGGCACCACGGGUUCAGCAGCACGCCGCCACAGCCUCCACAGCCGCCAAUGCCGCCACAGCCGCCACAGCCUCUUACGCAGCUUCAGCGCUAACAGCUGCGUCACAAGACGAAGCUGCAGCCGACGCGGCAGCCAGGGCGGCGGCGGCCGCCGUGGACGUAGACAACCUGAUGUGGCGGCAGGGGUUGCGGCCCCUAGGAGAUGACCAGUUGUUCCGCUUGUGGGAUAUUGUGCACAGCGCCGCUUACGGUCUGGGGCUGCAGCAAAUGGCGGAGUACACGCUCGGUAGCGGCGUCCUGCAACAGGGCAACCGGAGCCUGUACAGGCUGUCGCAGGCCAUUGCGUUUGCGCUGCUCAGCCCCACGCCCGACUGGCGAGCCAAGGCCCAGUGGCUGGAGACUCGCUAUGCGGCGGCGGCGCGGGUGGCGGCGGGAGCGGAGGCAGGGGCAGCCGUGCAGCGGCAAGCGGAGGCGGAGGCGGCGAGCCGCCGGUGGGCUGGGGAGCCGGUCCAUUGGCAGCCUGCCGCGCUGACCCGGUCGGUUGUGCACCUUGCAAACCGCCAGUCUCCCCACAUGAGGCCGGACGAGCUGAUUGAGCGCCUGUCCUGGGCCCGGCGCAGGGGCUUCCGCUGCAACGUCCCACCACCAGAGCUGUUGUUUGAGACUGUACCCAGCAGCAAGCACGCGGUCAGCGGGGUCGCAGCGAGCGGCUGUGGCGCCACAGCAGCGGCAGCCGUCAGCGCGGUGCUGUCCUGGCUGUUCGCAGACCAGCAGGAGUUCCCUGCUGCCAGGCUGAGCGACGUGGGGUUCGCACAUGAGCUGGUGGCCGCGGCCGCGUGUGGUGGCGGUGUGGCGGCACUGCAGGCGUACGCGGCGGAGCUGCAGCGGGCACUGGCGGCGGCGGCGGGCGGCGCCGCGGCGGCUAGCGGCAGCGCUGCUGGCGGUGACGGCAGGGGCGGCGGCCUAAGCAGCAGCGCUGACGGCGGCCAGCCCGGCGGCAUGCAGCCGCCGCUGCAGCAGCAGGAGGCUGCUGGGAGCCGCGGCUGCUUGGCGCCGCCACUGCCGCCGCCGCCAUCGCCACCGCCGCCGCCGCCGGUGCCUGCUUGGGCCGGGCGUGCGGCCAUGCUGGCUGCGGAGGCGGGACAGCUGCCGGUGCUGCGAUGGCUCGCCGACACGUACGGCGCCGCCGCGUUGUACGACGCCGGUACGGUGUGGGCCCACGCCGCGCACAACGCGCACGCGCUAGAGGUGCUGAAGCUGCUCCGGGAGGACGGGGGCCCGGGAGGGCUGGAGGCCGCUGCGCGGGCUGUGUCCCGUAGCAGCAGCGGUGCGGGCGACAAAGGCUUGCAGGUGCUGGAGUGGCUGCUGCAGCAGGGAUUUGGGCUAGAUGCCUGGGCGAUGGAGGCCGCGGUGGCGGCUGGCAACGUCCCGCUAAUGUCGAGGCUCCGCGACAGCGGGCUCUCGCUGAGCGCUGGGCUGUGGAAACCUGCGGUUGAGGCGGGCUGGGUGGAAGCGGUGCGGUGGCUCCAAGACCACGACUGUCCGCUGCCUCUGGAGUUGCGGGCCUGGCAAUGGGAAGGUGGGGAGCCUGCUGCGGAGCUUGCGCCACGACAGUCGCGUGAGCAGCUGUACAAAGCUGCGAUCCGGGCCGGGGACCUUGGCAUGGUGCAGGAGCUUUUGAGCAUGUCUGAGUUUGGGUACGAGGGAAGUCGUUGCGGAGUGGCCGUCGUCGGUGUGCGCGAGUAUGGGCCUGCGCUGCGCUCCGCCGCGUGUGAGGCGGUGUGCAGGUGCGUGCCGCUCAUUCGGUGUGUCCUGGCUUUCACGCGACAGCGUGAGACGGUCGUAUUUGAUCCGCAGCUGGAAGGCUGGGACGGAAUCAGGCUGUACAAGCAGGGCAGCCACGAGCAACUGGCGUGGCCGGGGGCUGGCAUGUUCCCCAGUGCAGCUAUGUUUGAUGACUGGGCCACCAAGGUCCAGGUGCUGAUUGCCGAGCACGCCGAGCUCAACAAGUGCUCGCUCGCCAUCUCAAAAUGCCACGAUUUGCGUCUACAGAAUCGCCUGGACAGCGAUGCCGCGGUGGGCCACAGCAUGCAGGUGUCGGUACAGAUGAUGGCCGGCGCCGCGGCCGCAUCGCUGGCGCAACUGCGCGACAUGGUCGAGUGUGUGUUGGAAUGGCGGUUGCCUGCGGAAGGAGCGGAGGAAGCGGCGGAGGGGGCGGCGGAGGAGGAGGAUGAUACGACGGACUCGGAAGCCUCACGCUGGCGGAGUGGGGAUGAAGAGCAGGAGCAGGAGGAGACGCAAGAUGGCUGCUGAGGAGGUGUGGGGUCACGCAUUCUUCCGUCACAGGCUGUGGCACAGGUCGGGCCCGUACAUAGGGGUGGCUGGGUGCACGGGUGUUUGCCGGUGGUGAGCCAUGAUGCGCGCAUCUGUAACUGGGCAUGUGGUUCAAGAUGCUGGCGACGCGCUGAGACAUUGCGGUGCAGUACUAUGAAGGGGGUACUGGUGCGCAGACAGGGCUGACAGCCAGGCUUAUAUGCGCAGACAGAACUGACAGGACGUCAAGGCACAUGCACGUCACUUAUGUCACCAGGUAAUUGGCUGUGUGGUGUGUCAGGUGUAUAUUCAAGCAAUAUUUUUGCGUGGGUGCGCGCCGCGCGCGCUUCCAUGCCGGUAGCCGAGCGGAUGAGGACGCAAUGACGCAAUGCUGCAAACUCGUGAUGCAAAAAACUCGCAAGUUUAAUGUUGCUGCUGCAGCCCUGCCCUGCCUUGCCUUAUCGGGGGU